AUGGGAUGCAUUAACACUAAGAAUCUGGACAAGAAAAUUGUUCAUCCUUCUAAUGUUUUACAAAAGAAAGUUAAAAGUGAAAAUAACGUUGAGGUGAAGGAAGAUACGGAUGAAGGCUGGGCUUUAGAGAAGGAGGGUGGCAAUAUUGCUGAAUUAUCUGAUGGAAAAGAAAUUGAUCAAGUUAAUAUGAUCAAAGAAAAGGGUUUGGAAGAUCUAGUUAGAAGAUAUGAGUGUGAUUCUACAACAUCAGAGUUUGACAUGUUGAUGAAGUUCUUGGAUAAAAAUGGAGAUGGGAAGAAAAAGAGAGGAAAUGACUUAACCCCGAUUAAUCAUACGCCCACCCCUCGCGGUGAUAAGCAUUUAGGGGUUAAUAAUAGAGGUAUCCACAAGAAUGAGAAGAAGAUGAAGAAUAAGUUUGAAAUUAAGUUGAGGGAACGACCUGUGGCUGAGUCUGGAGUUGAGCUAGAAGGAGUGAAACAUAAUGAUCAAGAAGAGGUCGGAGUCGAAACUAACCGUGAAGGCAACGAAAAUAAAAUUGUGGAGGAAGAAACUAAUAAUGAUGAAGAUGAAGAAGAAUUUAAAGGAACCGAUGAUUAUGGAUGGGAGGAAGAGGAAGCAAAUGGUAAAGAGGAGGCCGAUGAAGAAAAUGAUGAAGAAAAGGAAGAUGAAGCAAAUGUUAUGUGGCUAUAA